AUGGAGGCUGGCCGCUCCAGCAGUAGUGGGGCUGGACUAAGCGCUUCCCCUCCGGCGUCAAAGGCGCUGCCCUUCCUCCAAAACAAUCGUUUGCCCGUCGCCGUGCGUCUGCAGCCCCACCGCGAUGCCUUCCAGCAGUUGUGCGAAGCUACGCCUGCCUACCAGCCCCUCUUGGCUCGACUGCGUACCGAGUACGAUGCCGUCAUCAUGGACUUGGAUGCACGCAUCCAAGAACUCGUGGCUCUGCGCCAACAGUCGGCUUUGACCGAACAGCGCCACCUGCAAGAAGUCGAUCGCCUACGCGAACACGCUCGCAAUGAGCAUGCAUCUGCUACCGUACAUGUAGACGACUCGCGCCGACAAAUACGCGAGCAGCAACACCGCAUCGCUGAUCUUGAAGCCCAAGUACAACGCCUCAGUGACGAACUGGUGCUGGAGUCGGAGCGUGGUCGAAAUGAAAAGGCUGCCCGCUUGCUGAUGGUGAACCGCUUGCACCAAUACUCGGCCGAAGGCCUAGUCGCGACACCUUCACACAACCUGAGUGGCUCUGCAAACGCCGCUCUCCAUGCCCAAAGCGUCAAUCUGCAAGCUUCCCCAUUGCCAAGUGGCUUGCACAUGGCAGACUCGGUCAUCGAGGCUGAGUUGGCCACGCUGCAGCUGAAAAAUCAGCAGCUGCAGACGGAACUUGACCGCGUCGUCACCAAUUUUCGGGAAGCUGUCACAGUGCGCGAUCCGCAAAUGCAGCAACGGCUCUUAGAAGCAGAGAAUAACCUUGCCGCGGCACGCCUCGAAAAUCACGACUUGCACGCACGCGUCGAAACGCUGUCCAGCACUCACGAACAGAUGAAAGCUCGUAUGGAGCGAGAAGCCAAACUCUUAUUAACGACCCAAGUCGAGUUGGCUCGCGUGCGCCAAAAGCUGGAGGCCGCGGGGUUGGAGGAUGUUGCUUUCCUCUGCUACACCCGUACCUUCUAGUGAUCGAGGAGAAUAAGUUACCUCCCACACAAGCCGAAUCCGUCCGGCAACUCUUUCGAACGUCGGCUCGCUUGACCGACCUCGAGUGGACGUUGGAAGAGACACGUCUCUGCUUGCAUGACAUCGCACAAACACUGCGCCUCGGCUCCACCGACACAAUGCUGUUGGAGGACGUCGUCGCCACUUACGCCGAUGACAAUGCUGAGGCGCUCUUGACCAACGCUGAGACACUUCUUCGCAACAUUUAUGCUGCGUGCACAGUGUACGCCAGUUUGGUGCCGGCAGCGCACGAGUUUUUGACCUGGAUUCGAGGCGGCCCGGAGGCGCCUGUGCUCAGUGAAUUGGCUGAGUUGGCGGCGCAUGCUGACCACGUGGCACCUCUGUAGGCGCUGUGCGCUCCUUUUUGACUAUGUCGCGUCGCAAAAGCUAUUCCCUUGCCGUGCCACCAUGAAUGUAAAACUGAUUCAACUGAAUUGAGCGCUCUGAGAGCAGCUCGAGCGAUGGC